AGGUCUGUUUGGUUAUUUCUAUGAACACGCAUUUUAUAAACUCGCCUUACAGCAGUAUAGUACUAUCACAUUUAAUUAGAAAAUUAUAUUAAUUAAUAGGCAAAACAUGUAUUUAAGGCUAUAUAGUUUAAAAAAACGUAUACAAUAAAGUUUGUCAGUUACAUAAAAUAUAUUCUUCUGUUUGCAAGUGAAGUUCGAUCUUGACAUUUGUCCUUUAUAUACUAAAUUAAUUGAUUCUUUGCAGUUUAUCACAUAAUAAAAAAUGCUGGCAGGUACAACAAAAGAUCAAGAAACGUUAAAUGAAUUGGAAUGGAUUCAAGUAGUACGUACUGAGUUGAAUGAAAAUGAUAAUAUCAAACAGCCGAAAGGAGCAAUACAAAAAUUCAAAGAGAAUCCUUUAGUACCUAUAGGUGCUACAGCAACUGUAGCUGCUCUGAGUUAUGGCUUGUACAAUACUUUUAUAGGAAAUAGUCAAAUGGCGCAAUAUAUGAUGCGUAGUCGAGUUGCAGCACAAGCUUUCACUAUUAUAGCCAUGGUUGGUGGGCUCAUAGUUAUGGGAAAAAAACCAAGUACCGAUGUAUAAUUAUUAUAAAAAGAUUUAUUUAAUAGUAAUCAUGUAAAAACUGUAGUAGUCAAUUAUAGUCAACUGCAUUUUUUAUUUUAUCAGGAAAGCAUAACAUGAAAGUUUUAUGAACUAUUGAAA